UUAUGACAAUUCAUGAUGUUGGCUUUGAAUUAUUUUUUAAUAGCGUAAAAGAAAAUUUUAAAAAUAAAUUAGAUCCAUUAGUUCUUCGUUUACAUUGGAUAUUGUUGCAAAAUAAUUUAAAAUGCUUAUGGAAUAAUAAGAAGUCUACUGAGUUGCUACCUUCAGAUUGGAAUAAAGAUUCUAAUUUAUACAAAAUUCAUUAUACAAACGGCAAACAAAUUUUUGAAGUGAAAGUUUUUAAAAAGGAUAAUACUGUGAUAAUGAAUCUAAAAAAUGAAAAAGAUAUGGAGGAGAGUCAAACAAAAUUAAAAACUGAUGAAUAUAUUAGUAAUGAUUUUAAAGACUUUGACAAGGCAUAUAAAAAUCAAUCCAAUUUUGAAAAAGUUGUGCAGGGUGAUUUACUAGAAAAGGGUGAUUUUAAAGCCCCGAUCAACUUACCAACCUCUUCCGCUCAUUCAGAUAAGAUACCCCAAGAAAAAACUUUUCUAGCUAAUAAAGACCUAAGUGGAUCAAGCAAUCUUUUAGAUAACCGCUUUCAGCCCCCUUCUAGAAACAUUGAUAACCAGCCUGGCAUCUUUCCCGUAGGAAGCGGAGAUCUUGACCCAUUAGGCCGUAGUGGACCUCCUGGCAUGCUUUUUGACCCAGCCCACAACAUGGGCCCUUUUGGAACAGGCGGGACUGGACGGUUUAGACCAUUCAACCCCAAUGCCGGUCUACCCGGGCCAGAUUUGUUACCCCCAGGUGCUAUACCACCUGGAGCUCGCUUUGACCCCUUUGGACCAGAUAUAACUCAUGAAACUAGACCAGAUCACCUGAGACCACCGGGAAGUGAUGAUAUGUACAUGUGAAACACGAUUUCUUGUUAUGAACAUUUUCAAAUUUAUCAAAAUUUAUAUUCGAUUUCCAUAAAUAUUUAUCAGUGUAAUUUAUAUUAUUUUAUUAUCGAAAUUAUUAAUGGAAUUUUCCCAUAUAUCUAAAUAGAACAAACCAUAAAUUACUAA